GAGAGGGGACUAAUAUUCAUUGAUAUAAGAAAUGUAGAUUUUGCACCCCGCAUGCGCGUCAGUCUGCGGACCAUCUGCGAACGCAACCCUUGCGAAUCACUGUAAAUCGUCGAACAACCAUUUAUUUUGGGACCAUGGCAUAUAGAGGUUUUAUUAUGGAGGAAGAUAAUUCGAACAGUGUGGAAGCUGUGGAGUACAUUGAUAGUCAGGACGAGGACCCAGAUGGUGAUGAAAAACGGCCAAUAAUGCUUCUACUAAGACGUUUAAUAAGAAAUAAGCAGAACACAGUUAUGACGAACGCACAAAUCAUAGAUAUAUUACAGAGCGAGUUUAAUAUUUGUGUGAAUUCUAGCCACGAGCUCGAAGUCGACAUAUACAUCAAAAUAAUUAAAAAAUACUUGAAAGAUUGGCCGCAAUGGGAGGAGUUGGAACGCAUAUCAACGAAACUCAGCUUAAUUAAAGAUUUUGAAGCUGUCUCUAAAGUUUUAAACCAUAAAUAUAAAAACUUAAAGGAGUAUUUAGGCGUUAUGCUCGAAGCGGCAAAACCUUUAGCACAGGAAGCAGUAAGGAAUAUAAAUUCAAAUUCUAACCAGCCAGAGACAUCAAAAGUUGACGAAAGCAUUGAAACAAAUGACGUUAUCAUGGAGAUCCAAUGUACACGAGAACAGUUGAACAACCUCUUUUUCAGAAAACCUCGUUUAGAUCUUAACAAUACAGUUUUUAACAUGACCGAAAUCACCCCUUCUCGGAUUAAUUUAAGGAACCUUACAUUUGACGAGAUUCUUAACGGCUGUUGGGUGAAAAUUAUUAUAAUGCUGCCACAUUUUUCUUUUGUUCGUGAAUUAUCGUACAAACUUAGCCAUGUGCUAAUAAAUAAAGCACGAAAAGACCGUACUACAACUGAUGUAAGUUUCUCUAGAGAUUUCGAAGUGAAUUGCGGUAACAAAUCGAAAAAUCAAAGAAUUUGUAGCAGGAAUUCUUUCCUGCAGCAAUUCUCUACAAUCUUACAAGAAAGUGCAAAACGGUACCCAGAAAUGUACGAUUUCAUCCGAUCAAUCGUCGAACUAAUAAAAAACGAACUUGAUGUUAUUGACCCGUUAACAGUACCAGCCAGUUACAGGAGACAUGCAAAUAAGUACAAUUACGUACGGUACUUGUACACGGAUAAUAAUCAGAAUUCGGACCCACGGUACGAUUUACAACUAGAAGAAACUAUUACACCGAUGUACAUGUACAUUAUUGAUAAAGUUCAGAAGUCUGAUGGUAUUAUACCGCUAGUUUGGGAAUGGUUGAAAACGGAGUGUAUGGUUUGUAAGAUUAAGAUUACGGGAACUAAGUCGACGUCUUGGAAAGAAGCAUGGGAGUCACAUUUUAGUGAAAAGCAUAGCAAUGAAACUGAUUGGCAGUGUGCUCAUUGUAAACGGUUGUUCAGUAUCUCGUUUUUAGCCAAAAAUAAGUGGUACCAUGAGUGUUAAAGUUAUUAAUAUUGGAUUUGUUAUAAAAACUCAUCGACUUAUACUUCGUUUCUAUAACCGA